GCUGGCAAGCGCAAGAGGGCGUUGACGGCCGGCCACUUGACCAUGCUUUGUUUUGUUUUGAGGCAAGCCGAAAGGCGAGAGUGCGUCGCCUGCCGACUUUAUUUAGCCAAUUGAAGCGAACGAAGCACCGUUAUUCAUCGGCCGACGAAGCCGAACGUCAUUUUGUCAGUCGGCAAAGCAUCACGUCUGCCGAGUUUGUCGUGUCCGAGUAUUAUGCCAAGUCUUCCGCGCGAGCGACGAGAUGGAAAAGUAUGUGGCCAAAAGAAAACUUCUGAACCCGAGCCCUGCAUAUGUUCUCCAGUGGCAGCAUUGCGUAUGCAGAUGAUCGUCGACUGUGCUUUGGCAAGAAGACUGAAUUUUUGACUGGUGAUUGCUUCGGACAGUACAUAAAGCAAAUUUUUUAACAAACUCUCUUGUGUUUGGAGCUUGACAUAAUUAAACUUACUAAAUUAUUUGCAAAUUAAAAAGCAAUAACAAUAAGCUGUUUACAAGCAUGAAGUGUAUAAUAAACAAUAACUAAUAUUAAAAUUUCACAGAUCUAAGCUGAAUAAUUUAUGUGCUAUAUCCCUCUUUACAAAUAUUAAUAAUAUUUGGUAUAAUUGGCAUAAUUUUAAGAAUUUUAACGCAUUGAAAUUUUACAUUUUUAUAAAUAAAAUUAGAAGUUCAGUUGCAGUAGUAAUUUAUUUGUACAAUAAAUUGAAGAUCAUACAACUUUCAAUCAUUUAAUCAUUGUCGGCUUCUCUAAAACCAGUGUACUGUCCAUCAACAGAUGGCCACUUUGAUCUUAUACAGUGAACAACACAGGAAGGUAUCACUUUCCUCACCUUGUGACCUAAUUUUUCAUAAUUAUUCAGCCACAAAAUAUAAACCCUGUAACCGAACAAUCGGUAAUUAUUGUUGUCAUCGACAAGCCACUGAGCUCUCUCAUUCUUAUCUUUUAUCUUAGACACGUAAAAAUGUCUAUGAAGUUUUAUCAUAUUCAAGCUAAGUACAGCAUUGUUGAAGUCAUCUGCUUCUGUAAUGCAUCCACUUCCAAUGUUCUUAUCCAUUACAAGCGAAAUCUCUCUGCAGCAGAGCGAUUCGGCCCCAGUGGCCAUGGCCAUGCAGCUUCCGCAAGUACACCAAUGUGUAUUUCCAACUCGAUUCUGCAAACGAAGCCUUUCCUCCUCAGCCUGAGCUUCUUCUUCCAGAAUUUUCUGCAGCUCUUCGUCAGUGUACACAGGAUCAAAAUCUAAGGAGAAGUCCAACUGAGAUGGCAUGUCUCCCUCGGAAUUUGAGUCCGAUUCAUAACUGGGCCCAUCCAUCUUUAUAAAAUUUAAUUAUUAAUUAGAAAAAUUACUAAGUGAUGAAUCAAACCUUUUCAAGAGACUUGAAUUGUUGAGCGCUUUUUACAAUUUUUGUGAGUGGAGUUUUUAUUCAACAACUACUGGUGGGUUUCCCUGUCAACGAUAUUGGAAUUUAUUUUUGUAGUCACAUGAUAUAUUUGGAAUUUUUAGAAUGGUGCUUUUGCGCGCCUGUGCCCUGUAGAGAAUAGAGGUCAAAUAGAAAACACGAGGCGUGUCAGGCCUCUUUUUGUUUGUGCUUGCUACUGCACAUAUUUUACACUUCAGUUUUUAAAUGAAAUUUUGAAAUGUACAGGUGCAAUUGUAAUGGGAAAAUAUAGUUGUUAUGUAUGCAAUAAGAGAAGUUGCAAGAAGAAUGGUCGGAGCCUUCAUAAGUUCCCCAACAAAGAUGAAAACCCUGAGCAACACAGGAAGUGGCUUGUCAUUCUGCAAGUAACUGAAGCCGAUUAUGAUGAAAACGUUCACACAUUCCUCUGCUCGGACCAUUUUGAUUCCAAUGCAUUUGAUGUGGGCCCUGAUUUGAGGAGGAAACUGCUGCCUGAUUUGUUCAAAAAUUCGAAACGACAGCUACAUGAAAAUGCAGUUCCCUCCGUAAAUCUUCCGAAGAGAAAGGAGACUAUUGCUACUCAGACAGACUCCGAAAAUCAUGGCAACCCAACUGAAGCAGCCUGCUCUUCUUCUACUCGGAGAAAAAGAGGCCUGUCUAGCUAUUAUGAACCUCCAUCCGUCAGGCUAUGCGCUGAAAGUGUCAGUGACACGGAAAAUUUGCCCGACCAGCACACUUCUUCUGAAAUAUCAUCUUCUGACGAGGAAACCUCUCAGGCGGAUUAUUACAACGAUGACACAGAUGAUGAAACUUUUAUGCCUCCGGAAGCUGCUUUGGAUCUGGAAUCAUCGUCGGAUUCUGAAUUUGAUGAAGCUGAGGAAGAAGAAACACACUCAAGCGCUAAUUCCUCUGUUUUCUAUGUUGAAAAGGACAGUUUGCUUGAGUUAUUCAAAUUUUGUCAACGAUGUGGGGCCCCGGUUGAGGAUCGAAAGUUAGUUGAAGUUGGAACUUUGAUUACUGUCACUGCAAUCUGCUUAGAGGGACAUUCUAUAGAAUGGAAGAAUCAGAAGAUGGUUGAGUUGCAGCCGGUUUUGAACGUCGCUGUCUCAUCAGCAGUUUUUCUGAGCGGAAUCAAUUUUGAGGCCCACCGACGUUUCUGCACAGCGCUCGAUUUGUCAUGUGUCCACAGAAGCACAUAUUUUAGGCACUUGAACCAGACUGUCCACCCUGUGGUGGAAAUGACGUGGAUGGUCGAGCAAAAGAGGGUUGUGACAGAACUAAUCGACAACAACAGGGAGAUAAUUCUUUUGGGCGACGGUCAGUACGACUCUCCGGGAUUUUCGGCGAAAUAUGUGUCUUAUAUAAUAAUGGAUUCAGCAACAGAACAAGUCGUUGACUUUGUUGUUUUCCAAAAAGGGCAAGUGUCUGGAGAGCUUGAAAAGGAAGCCUGCAAGUAUCUGCUCGAGAGAAUUAUCGAAACGUUUCCUCAUGAUCUCCUAGAUGGAAUUUGUACUGACAGACAUUCUGGGAUACGAGCUAUGUUGCAGAAGCCUCCUUUCAAAGGGGUUAUUGCCCAGUAUUUUGAUGUCUGGCACCUUGGAAAGGGCCUAAUGAAAAUCUUCACUACAACAUGUCGAUUGAAAGCUCUCAUCGAGUGGAAAACGUCUUUAGUCAAUCAUUUCUGGGCAAGCUGUAGAAAUGCUGGCGGCGAUGGUGAUCUUUUGGUUGAAGAGUUCACCUCAUUUUUGCACCACAUACAGAACCAGCACGAAUUCGAGGGAGAGAAAUUUACAGCUUGUCGUCAUCCCCCCAUUUCAGCAGAUGCCAGCAGGAAGAAAAAGUGGCUAAUUCCUGCAAAACAUGUGAAGGAACUGAAGGCUAUCGAGAAAUUGGUGACGGACAAAAAAUUUUGCUCAGACAUCAAGCUGGCGGCGAAAUUUGUUCACACUGGUGUUGUCGAGAGGCUCAAUAACCAGAGCAUGAAGUAUCAUCAGAAGUAUUGCUCAUUUGGCCAUCGUGGCAUGAGUUGUCGGAGGGCCCUUGCUUGCCUGGAGCAGAACUUCAAAAUCAGGCACCCAACAGAAGUUAUUGCCCUUGAAGACAUCUUUGUGAAGAGAACUGGUCAUCGAACCCUAAGGAAAAGGUACAAAACAAGGGAUGACUCAUGGCGACGAAAACUACAAGAGAGCAUACUGGAAGCCGUCAUCUGUCCCGAAUCCUUCUACUAUGAUGAAAAAUCUGUGAAGCAACUAUUGUAUGAAAAACCCAUUCCCCAAAACAUCAGCAAAGUUCCGGCAAUGACUGUUGAGGAGAAAGGCAGAAAUUUGCUGUCUAGAAUGCAUAACUUGGAUGAGUUGGAUGAAGUUUUGUUGGAUGCCGAAUAAAUGAUCUUAGGAACUGAACUUCUAAUUUUAUUUAUAAAAAUGUAAAAUUUCAAUGCGUUAAAAUUUUUAAAAUUAUGCCAAUUAUACCAAAUAUUAUUAAUAUUUGUAAAGAGGGAUAUAGCACAUAAAUUAUUCAGCUUAGAUCUGUGAAAUUUUAAUAUUAGUUAUUGUUUAUUAUACACUUCAUGC